CUCUUUUUACGUGUCAAAGCAAGAUGUUCUUUCGUUCAUUAGUCUCUAGUGUAUUCUUGGGCUUACUAUUCACGCUUGUUACUCUCCCAUCUGGUUCAGAAGCAACAGCUAUGACAUAUAGCGUUGCUGCCAAUGAAAAGGCUUGCUUUUAUGUAAUGACAGAUAAACCAGGAAAGAAGAUUGGCUUCUAUUUUGCUGUGCAACAAGGUGGUUCAUUUGAUAUUGACUAUGAAGUUGUAGGACCUAGAGACGAUGUUAUUUUAGAAGGACAACAAGAAAAACAAGCAGAUUAUGUCUUUACAGCCAAUGACGUUGGAGAAUAUUCUUUUUGUUUUACCAAUGAAAUGUCAACCUUUGCUGAAAAACUUAUUGAUUUCGAAAUACUCGUAGAACAUGAAGUGCGACCUGAAUUCCAAAAGGAUGCAUCUGGAAAAGAACAACCUCAAACUCUCACUGAAAUGGAAGAAACUAUCUUUAGACUGUCAGGCGAUUUGACAAAUAUUGCUCGUACACAGAGAUACUUCCGUACAAGAGAAAAUCGUAAUGCGGCCACUGUUGCUUCUACAGAAAGUCGAAUGUUUUGGUUCUCUCUAUUGGAAAGCCUUGCUAUUAUCUCAAUGGCUGUAUUACAAACUCUUGUUAUCAAGAGCUUCUUUAAUGUAAAGAAAGGUGGUGUUUAAUAAACUACUCUAGAUAUUUUUUGUUACUUUUGUCCUUU